AUGGCCAACUUCUCAUCUUUCUUUGUUCGUUCUACGUACAAAGUCACGAAGAAAAAACCUAGUCCGAAUAAUUAUACUAAUGUCCGUCCGUCGCCCGUCUGGCCAGGCACCGGCUGGGCAAACACCGAAUUCCGAACCUACGAAUUUACCUCUACCAUUCACGAUGAUGACCUAUAUGGGCACAAGAUCGACGGUGACAAUGCCUCCAUUAUGGAGACCGUUGACUCGAGAAAACGCCGUGGCAGGGCGGGUGAGCCCGCUCCUCGGGAACUUCAGAAGCAGUUCUUCAUCCAGGCGAUGACGGGCUGGGAGAACCAGAUAAUACAGAAUGCGGCGAAGGAGUACGAAAAGGAAGAGAUCAAGCAAAAGCAACCUAUUCAAGUGGAUUCGAAUUGA